UAAAUUGUAGUUUUGCUAUGAACAAGAUGAAAUUGUAGUUUUAUGCUCUAUGCUUGUAUAUGAAGUGAAGAACUGAAGAUAAAUAUAUAAACAUUUGAAUGCCCAGAUGAAUUUCUGCCUCCGCUUCAGCGGUCUAAUUGUAGCCAGAAAACCCCUUCUUCUUGCAGCGGAGCUCAGUGCUACACGACGUCGUAAUACACUGAAACGAGUGGACAGAGAGCUCUCCAAAGGCAAUUACAGAGCAGCUCUUUCUCUUGUCAAAUCUUGUGGCCUUCGUGGUUUUGGAGCUGCCAAACAGAUACAGUCACUUGAUGAUCUGAUCAUCGAGAGAUCAUACACACCAUCAUUGCAAACGCGCCUUGAUUUGAUAUUGGAUUCUAUCAAAGAUAGCAUUCGAUUUACUUCGUCAGGCAAGCUUUCAUUGUUGGAACUGGAGAGCUUGAUGCAUCGCAAAAGCGGAGAUUAUAUUCUGAAUGAUCACCUAAAGUGUAUGCAACAUGAGGCAGGUCAUUUUUUGGUUGGCUACUUGCUAGGUGUUCUUCCAAAAAGAUAUAAAGUACCUACCAUGGAUGAUCUAAAUCAGGAUGAACUUGCUGGAGGAAGGGUAGACUUUCUUGGCCUUAUUGAAGAAGUUGAUCCUGAUAGAAAAUCAGACCGCAAGCUCGAUAAAGAGAAAUUUUUUGAUGAAACAGUGUGUAGAGUAUUAAGUGUUAUAGUCGGAGGCUUAGUAGCAGAGCAUUCGGUUUUUGGUUGCUCAGCAGGACUUCAUUCUGAUGUAAAGAAGAUGUAUAUUAUACUUAAGCGGUGGGACUUAAAAGAAGAUGAAGCAGAAUCUCAAAUCAAGAGGGCUGCACUUAAUGCGGUCCUAAUACUGGAUCGUCAGUAUGAUGCUCGAUCAAGAUUAGCUGAGGCCAUGGCACUAGGAAGGUCAGUGGGAGAUUGUAUUGAUACUAUAGAAAAAGCUUUAACAGAUCCAGUAAUAUAGUCAUCAUUCAUCAAUAAACUUUGCUAGUGCAUUUUUUUGUAGAAAUACAUCAAUCAGAACGUAAUGAACUAAUGAUCAAUGGUAAAUGCCUCCUUAUGCGAUGUUUAAACUUUCA